AUGAGUUUCGAAUGGGUAUGGGCUGUAUAUUCUCAUUCUCAGCGUCAGCGCUAUUGUAAUAGUCGCGACUCGCGACUAUACUCGUAGUGCGAGUGCGUGUAUUCGGUAUUGGAUUGGGCAGAUUGGGCAUUGGGUGAAGUAGAAGCCGAGCCAAGGCAUAAGCGUAAAGUUACUGCCGAACGAGGAGCGACACCGACAGUUAGAUUUCAGUUUCCAACAGUUCGUUGCGUGUUUGCGUUUUACUCUCGCUACUCUAUUAUUUCGCGCACAUAUAUUUCUUUCGCUUUCUUAUACCCGAGUAUUUAUUUUGCGUCGAUAUUCGUAGAAAAAAAAUUGUUAUUAGUUGUAACUUGUAAUUGUUGAUCGUUUGUUCGUGUUGUGUUGUCGUUUUUUUUUUGUAAUUUUUUUUAGCCCGAUCGACAUCCUCGACCGGUGGUUUUUAGUCGUCGUUGACCUUAACCCUUUCUAGGUACAGUGGUUGUUUUUGGAUGUGGGUUUUCCGUUUUUCGAUUCUGUAUCAAUAAUCGCAAUUCGCAAUCGCGAACUGCGAAGGUCCAGUCGCGUUUCUAACUUAACAUCGAUUUUAUUCUCGUAAUGUGAUCUAACGAUCGCGAACGUAUCGACUUUGAUACUUUUUUUAAAAGCCGCGACGCGAAUCAGAACUUGUCGAUGUCGAUGUCGACUACGUACGAGAACGAUUAUUUCCUGAAAAUGUCGUCGUUUUCGCGAACGGCUGUGCUUGUCGGUUACUUUUUACUAGUGUUUCACGGUGCAUUUGUGGUUGGUCAAAGGAAUAACGAAGAUUUACAGAGCAGACUCUCCACCAGCCCUGAUUUAUCCGAAUUUUACGAUAUGAUUGAAAGAAACAAAUUGGCGACCGCCAUGUUGGAGAACGCGCCGAUGACUAUAUUUGCACCCACCAACGAAGCUUUCCAAAAACUGAAAAACAAAUCGCUGAAAGACGACUAUUUAUUAUUCUACCAUAUGUGUAAUAUACCGUACAAAUUGGACGAUUUGCCCGGCACUGGAGGUAGCAUAAACACGGUGGCCACUGGCAAUCCGCCUUUAUGGCUGACGCGAACUUCGUCUAACCAAGUUUAUAUCAACAAUGCUCGCAUCAAUCCUGAUUUAUCCUUCUCAACCGACACACCGGUUACUUCAAAGCGAAAGGCGUUGCAUAUCAUCAGCGAGGUGCUGCAGCCGUUAAGAAUGAAAGAUAACGAUGUCACAAAAUUAAAUCCGAACGCUUGGGGACUUCUGGAAAAAUCUGAGGAGUUUCAACUGACUCAUCGCACGAGCGUGUUCUACAGUUCGGUGAAAGCUUGGCAAAAAGAAAACCUAUUCCGAGAUAGAGGCCCGAACACCUACCUAAUUCCAAUCGACGACGGUUUGGUGAAAAAGUCCACCUCGAAUGCGAUCGAUUCGAAGGUAAUUGACGCCCACGUGAUACCCGAUAAAGUACUGUUUUUGAACCCGACGCCCGAAUACGAAAUAUAUCGUCCUACCGCCUUCACCGAUCUAGUCAAAGUUACAAUUUCGUUUCCUUGGGAUCGAAGCACCGGAAAAAGAUAUGUGAGAAGUGAUACAUUAGUUGGAGAUCGAAACCAUUCGUCCGGAGUAGUUUUAUCGGAAAUCGUUUCGGCCAACAUACCGGUAUCGAACGGCGUCGUUCAUUUGAUCAAAAAUCCGUUAAUGAUCAUCGAUAAAACCAUCCAACAAUUCAUAGACGAGAACGUGGACGGUCCGAUUUCGAUUUUCAAACAAAAACUACAAUACGCCGGCGCAGUGUUCCGUUCAAAAUUGAGUCAAAACGGCGGUUUCACCUUGUUUAUUCCUUCGAAUGCGGCUUGGAAGAAUGAAAAUGUGGAAAAAGCCGUUUCCAAUGUCACGCUACUCGAAAACAUUCUAAAUCUACAUUUAGUCAACGAAAAAGUUACAGUCAACAAUAUGUUGGAAAGAGGUUCAAAAGAGGUGAAUAGCUUGAACCCGGGAAAAAAGCUUUAUUUCAAUGUCAUUGUCCAAGGCACAAAUCGCACGAUGACGGUAGAAGGCGGAGGUGUGAAUGCGACUGUUUUACACGCUGACAUCGCAGCUAUUAACGGAGUCAUUCAUAUCAUCGAUCGUGUUUUGGGUAUUCCUUACGCUACGGUUGGCCGCAAAGUCGCUACCGAUCCCAUGCUCAACAUGACCCAUACGCUCGGAAAGUAUCAAAAUUUCAACAAUCGACUGGACGAUAUGACUCAAAAUUAUACAUUUUUCGCUCCUCGCGAUGUCGCGUGGGAAUAUCUCAAGAUAGCUCAGCCUUCUUUGUACAAUGAUUUGAUGAUACCGGUUAACGCUUACUCGGUACUGGAAAGACAUUUGGUCGUAUCCGGUAAUUUCACUAUGGCCGAAUUGAAGAGAAUUGCCAACAGCUCGUACAUCCUACCGGCAGCUAACGGCGCUCUUACCAUUCGCGUCAAAGAAGACGAAAAUAAAGGUUACUCGAUCAAAUGGAACGACGACGAAUGGGUGGCGGUAUACAAAGCAGAUGUACGAUGUACCAACGGCAUUAUCCAUUUAAUCGACAGAGUGCUGAUUACGCCGAACGACAUCACCGUACAUGUGGGAGGCGCUCUGCGGAUAGAGCACAAGUUCACCAUUUUGUUAACCGCCGUUCUAUUACCUUUGUACACACUUUUCAAUUACCAUUUGUCUAGUCCAAUUUUUUAAUUAUCUACCUGCCGUCGUCGCGUCGUACGCCCUACGUGAAAAAAUAAAUAAAUAAAAAAGUCAAUCGAUACGAAACGUACGCAUAAUACGAGUAUGUUGGAUGAUAUUCAUCUAUAUCCCGAGCUCGCGUAUUACCCAAUUGAUUAAGUAAUAGCCUACCGAUGCUAUUACUCACCAUUUGUAGUUCUUCAACAUCAACAACGUCAUCGUCAUCGUCAUCGUCAUCGUCGUCGUCUACUUUCUGGCUCUCUCCUCCAUCUAUGAGUACCUAUACCUACCAACCAACCUACCUACCUACCUACCUACCUACCUACUCGCAGAUUCUUCGUUACCGUGAAUGUGAAUGAAUCUCUCCUCUCAAAGACAUUGCACUGUCCAACUGUGUAAGUGUGCAUGUGCCUACUAGAUCGCUCCCUUAAUGUGUACCUAGCUAGUAGCUACCUACUUGCCAUGUUGAAAACAUUGUGUCCAAUUUCAUGUCGUCCAAGCACCGACGUAAAAUACUCGUAUAAAUUUUCCCUCGAUAACGUAAGUACUAAGUGGAGAUUCUAACACACUGUUCGCGUUGGCGAAAAACAGCAAAAAAUUCACUAUUCACUAAUUUCUCAGAGUACAAAAAUCUCAAGUUUAAAUAAUAUAGCUUAAUUAAUUACUGUUAUCUCGAUGUUUUACUUAUUGUUGACCUUUUUCGUUGUAUUAGCUUUCUGUGCCUAUUCGUAUACAUAGUACGCGUUACACAUACGUAUCUAGUAAUAUUAAUGUUUUAAAAAAGUUAAGGGAAAUCGGGACACAAUUUUUUAGUUACGCGGUAAUUCGAAAUCUCGAAUUUUCUGUUUCUUUUUUUCUCGGUUCGUACCUAUUAGAUUUCAAAUCGAGAGGUAAAAUAAGGCUAUGGGGAGGGGCGAAGAAAAAAAACCAUUUCAAAGUCAACGGCAGUCUGUUGCAACUCGCGUCAGGCACUUGAAUUAAUUAAUGUACCUAAAAAAAGAAACUGCAACUGCGAUGUGCUCAUCGAAAUCUCUGUUUCGCUUCUCGUUUUGUUGGUCUACUCGUAUUUAUAUAGAGUACAAAAAUGUCUCCGUCUCUGCCGUAUUGAUUUACUUGCGACGACGCGAAUUAUCCGAUUGUACUAUGCAAUGUACCUAUACUGUUACGAGUAGGUAGGUCUAUAGGUAUGUCAACGGUCGCAUAAGUUAGGUAUAAUUACUUACCACUUACCCUCGCAUUCGCCUUGAAACAUUAUCGCGAAACGAAACGAUGUCAAUAGUUGCUCUGCGUUGUCUUUUUUUUUUUUUUUUACGUAAUCCAGGUACCCAAUUACAAUGUAUGUUUAGUUACCUUUACACGCGUGCGAUUGUAAGUACGUUUUGAGCUCGAAAGUCGCAGGCACAUAUUGAGAUUUUUAGUAUACCAGUUGAGUGGGGGAGAGUAUAUACGGGGGCUGGUACUCUUUAUGUACCCUCGAAUAGGUAUUCUAUUUGUUAACUUUUUUUUUUUCGAAUACAUUAUUCAAUUAAUCUGUGAUUGGUCAAUUAUUAUUAUUUUUUUGUUCAGGUACUAGUUCGAUUUUUUUUUCCAAAACGAUAUCACCUAAUACUUCUACAUGCGUGUAAACUAUAAGUAUCUAUUUAUGUAUAGCGAGUUUAAAACGGACCAAAUCAUAUUUUGGUAACGCGUAUCUGCAGUACAAAAAUUAUAAGGGUAAAUCAUAAAUGGUAUACUUACAAGGAAACAGAUAUGCUCAUAUGUUGGCGUAUAAGUAGAUUUUUUCUUUUUUUGUCGCACUUACUCGUUUUUUUUCUUACGCAGGUGCUUAUCCAAUGUUUUGUUGGUUUAGGUUCUUUUCAUUUAUAUAUAUAUGUAUAUUUUUUUGGUAGGUAAUUUGACUUGUAUCGAAUCCAUCGAAUUUGUAUUUGUAUUGGUGUAGCUAUAGAGUUCAUCUGCAGUAUAAAUCUUGGUAGACAGUGCUAUUACCUAACCAAAUUUCUAUAUCUUUUGAUUAGCACGAUCCCAGUAAUAAAAAUUCCAACUCACUUUUUUUUUUAUCCUGCUGGAAUUAAGGAGGGAGGAUGUUGCUACUUCCAGCGAGCAAAUUUCGGAUUGGAUAACAACUAAAUUUUUACGAAUCAGAAAAAAAUGUGAUUUCUUUUUUUAAUCUUUGUUUCUUUUUCAAUUUUCAGCGUAAGUUUUGAUAAUCAUGUUUAGAGAUAUACUUAUUACGUACAUUAUAAUAAAUUUAAAUUUAUUUCGAUUUGUUUUUAAACUUUUUCUUUUAUUCUUAUACUCGCCGAUUUUCGUUAAAUAGACGCGGGCGAGUUUUUUUCGUUUAUUUUGUUUUUAGUCUUAAUACGAUCAUGUUGACAAAAGUCAUUUGAUUUCUUGGUUUUUUUUGUAUUUUUUUUUUUUUUACACGAGUCGGUACAUGAUUAUUUUCCCUGAUAUUUCCUUUUUUUGUUUUGCUUUGUACCGUACUUGAUUUUGCGAAAAAUGUAUCUCAAUAAUUUAACGUACAAGUUGAGCUGAAAAUAUACCUACUAAAAUUGGGAGAUAUGUUUUUACAAAAUGCGAUAUGCUACAUAGGUAUUUAUGUUGAUCGUAUACCUAUUUUAAAAAUGAAUGAACUUUUUGUAAAUAUUUAGUACCUAAUAAAUAUUUACCUAUGUAUUUUUGUUAUUACUUAUUAUUAUAAUAAUUAUUAUUAUUAAUAUUAUACAUACAUACCUGAUGAAUUACGCUAGAGAUUUUUUUAUGUGUAUAAUCCAGUCACUAGAAUAUUGUAAUAUUUCGUAUUUUUGUUGUUUAAGUUUUACGUUAGAAUAAUUUCACGCGUCGUUAACUCAUUUACGAGUAUGUCUAUGUAGGUAAGUAUGUAUAAUUUUCUUUUCUUUUCUUUUCGAUAAUUUUUUAUUUAUAAAUUCACGAAUUAUUCAUUAAACGAGUACCUAAGAGAUUCCUGAAAUUGAAGCUGGGUUUCUGGGUGGACCACAAGAGUCUGGCUACAGAAUUAGUAUUUCCGGUCUAAAUAUCCAACCGUUUAAAACGAUAUGACAAUACUCGGUAUAAUUACUAAUGCUUUCUGGAUGGCUGUUUUAUUCGAGCAUUUGAUAUUUUUGAACGUUGAUAAUUGUCCGUGCAGGUAUGAGGUAUCUGCUCUGCGAAUAGAUACUUAUUCUAAAUGACAGGGUAAAUCGAAUGAGCGAAAAAUAUCUCACCCCGAGUCAAAAUUUUAAAAUACGUAUGAACGAAAUAUACGAGUAGGUACAUAAUAUAGGUAACUUUUUUCUAAUCAAAGACGAAGCGUUUGUUCGGUUUGUUGGUCAAUUUAAUAGGCUGUGAACGACUUUUGAGUAAAAACAGACGGUUGCUUUAGAUAUUGACGCUACCUACAAAAACUCGUCCUUGUUAAUGAAAAUUAUAGCACCGUUGUAUGGAUAUUUAUAGUUUCAGGUAUUAAUCGUAGGUAUUAUUCCAGCACUUGCAGCAAUACUCAUUGUAACCACUGUUACUGUUCGUGUACAGUGUACAGCUACUACAGGCGGAGGUAGAUCUUCGCACUGGAAGCGUCUAUAGCUCUAGAGGAACAAAAAAUUGCGCCAAACACCGUACAUAAUGCAGUAAUGUUAAUCCAAACAGCGUAAAAUAGCUUAGCGUUGGAAAAUGCUUAGGUAUUCAAAUUGUCGUAAAAAUUGUCCGAUUGUUGAAAACAGUCACGAGCAAGAACAGUUUUGAUGCUUAAAAUCCAUUGACGUUAUAAAGUAUACCUACUUAGUAGGUACCUAUUAAAAAAUGUUAAUUGGGUACCUUUUCUAUAAAUAUUUUUGAAAUUUUUUCAACUUUUUGGUUUGAAUGAUUUUUGACAGUUCUCAAUCUUUUCCCCUUCGCGUAUUUUGAAUCACUUAUACCUACAUAUUAUUAGGCUCGCGACAUUUUGGACCAUUUUAGCUACUUUUUAUUCGAUUUUAUUACAGUAUCAGUCUACUUGAGCCCCGUCGCAUGUCGUCAUAUUCCUUUUUAUGCAGCUUAUAAUGUAUAAUUUUAUCAUCAUUUUAAAUCAUUUUUUAAAAAUUGAUACCUAUGUAGCUACUUGCGAAUAUUUGCCUCAUUCAGUACCAUAAUUUUUUCAUCAGACGCCUUAAUUCAACUCUAAUUAAGUAGGUACGAUAUUGCUGUAAGCUAUAUUUUGCUAAAAGAUAAUCGCCUGUGCCUGUUGCCUUUAUCCUUUCAAGCCUCGUUUAUGUGUGUUUUUUUUUACGCUUCUGUUAUUCAUCUGUGUACUAUUUUUUUAAAAAAUUAUCUUAAAAAUUUUCUCGCGAAGUACUCUCGCCCAAUCGCAAUUCAAAAGCGAUUCUAUUAUACUCUUAAGAUUAUACCUAUGUAGCAGUUGGAUACUUAUAUUCGAAAUAUGAGUGGAUACCUUCUUGAUAGGUACUCGUAUCUCGAGGUCGGUCAGGGUAAAACAAUUAGAAAUGUGAUAUACCUAUAGGUAUUAAGUUAAGAACUGAUGUCGUGUGUUGAAAUUUUUCUUUAUGUGUCAGUCGAAGCGAACAAAUAAUCGAAUCAUUGUGAUUAGUGAUUCGUGAAAUAGGUACAUAGUACAAAAUAUAGAUUAAGUAUACUUACUAUACCUACCUACGGUAAUUAUUAUCAAAUGUACGCGUAUUACUAUACAUUAUACGUUGCAUACAAAUACUGAAAUAUUUGAAUAAAAUUACUUUCAUCGCA